AUGUGUUCACAGUUUCUUCCUUCUGGUGGGUUCCUGGUCUCACUGGCUUCAGGAGUGAAGCUGCAGCCCUUCACCCUAGACAUAAAGGUUCUCCAAGUCCCCACUAGACUCAGGAGCCCAGCUGGCUUCACCCAGUGGAUCCGGCACCGAGGCCGCAGGUGGAGCUGCUUGCCGGUCCCGCGCCCUGCGCCUGCACUCCUCAGCCCUUGGGCGGUUGAUGGGACCCGGCGCCGCGGAGAAGGGGGCGGCGCUCGUCGGGUAGGCUCCGGCGCGCAGGAGCCCACGGCGAGGCGGGGGAGGGACUCAGCCCCUCACUGCCUGGGGCCGGCGGGCUGGCGGUCCGCUCAGAGUGCGGGGCCCGGCAAGCCCACGCCCAUCCGGAACUCUAGCUGGCCCGCAAGCGCCGCGCGCAGCCCGUGUUCCCGCCCGCGCCUCUCCCUCCACACCUCCCGGCAAGCUGAGGGAGCUGGCUCCGGCCUCAACCAGCCCAGAGAGGGGCCCCCACAGCGCAGUGGCGGGCUGAAGGGCUCCCUGAGCAUGGCCAGAGCGGAUGCCGAGGCCGAGGAGGCGCCAAGAGCGAGCGAGGGCUGCGAGGACUGCCAGCAAGCUGUCACCUCUCAAUGGGGAAAAGAUGUCAUAAUGAACUGCAAGCAAAUUCCACCAAGAGCUGAUUUAGGCAAAAUCUCCAGAAAAACAUAAAGCUGCAAUAAUGAAUAAAAAAGACCAGAGGAUGCAAAAUUCCACAGGAAUGUCAGUCAAAGAAAGCCAUGCAGACCAAUGUCGGUUAACGGUAAGGAAAUUUGAAUUCCUAUUCUUGAUGAAACAAAUAAUGUUAUCAAAAAAAAAUUAUUUUUACUUUACAUUGAAAUAACAUACAAGUAAUUGUGUCAGUGGUGAUGUUCAAUCCACAUGGUUUCCUCUUUUAAUGAGAGGUAAAACAAAUGAUGCUGAUGAUUUUCCCAGAGAGAUUAUGAAGGUACAUGAAAAAAUACAAUAAGAAUCAUUGUUAAAGUCAUUGCAUAGAUUAACCCAGAGAUGUUGAAGUCUGUUUCUCAUAUUAUUAUUUUUAUCAUCUACAUAUUUAUUUUAUUUUUCUAGUUUUAUUGAGGUAAAAUUGACAACUUAAAAGUACAUAUACUUACAGUGUAUAUAAUAUUUUAAUUUAUAUACAUUGUGAAAUGAUUCCCACAGUAAAUCUAAUUAAUAGAUCCAUCACCUCACACAGUUAUCUUUGUGUGUGUAUCUCUGUGGUGAGAACAUUUAAGAGCUACUCUCCUAGAAAAUUUCAAGUAUGUAAUACGCUAUUAACUAGUGUCACUUUUCUGUACAUAAGAUCCCCAGAACUUACUCAUCAAACUUAGUACUCUUUAAACAAACCCCUUACAAAAUACAGGAGGUGUAAUCCUCCACGGCACAUAUCUUUGAAUAAAAAGUAAAACAUAAUGUAAAACAUUGAAAUGCUAUGGACAGCAAAUGUUGGGGUAGACAUUGACUGAAAAAAAUGAGAAAAUAGUAAGAAAAAAUUCUUUGACAACUGGAUUUGAUAUUUUGCAUCCAGAAAGUAGGUAAGUUUUUUUUCCUUUAGCUAAUGUUUAUUUGCUUUCUUUUUCUUUAUUUUUAAGAUUUUAUACAAGUUCAUAGAGUAAAUGGGAGCAAAGUUAGCAAGAGGUAGAUUGAUUAAGAGUAAUUAUGAAGGGAUGAAAUACCCUCUGACUCUGAAGACACUAAUGUAUUAAUCUGUGGAAGAAGAAAGAACAUACCAGGUAAAACAGAUUUUUGGACUGAGGAAAUGUGUGUAUAUGUUAUCUUUUAUUAUGAGUGGGAAAAAGAAAGAAAGAAAAAGAGUGGGAAGAACCCUUUUGCAGGGAACCAGAGGCUUCAUAUUGUUUUAUUUUUAAUAUUUCAAGUUUCUGAUACCACUUUAAAUUAAAAUGAUUUAUGGAGUACAGUUGGAUAUAGGUAUUUACAGUUUCUGUGAGACUUUUAAAUUUGCUGCAGCUCCCAAAAUGCUAGAAUUAGAGGUGUGAGCCACUGCCCCCAGCCAACGCCUAACUUUUUUUAAACAUGCCUACGACAUAUAAGCAAAGUAUGUUCAAUGUUUUGAAAAUGACUCAUUUCCAAAAACGGAAUUCAAUUUCCAAGCUUAACUGCAUACUUUAUCUUUCAUUAUUAUAAAACAUGGUCAUUUUUCUAAAUAUAACUUUCUUCAUACCUAACUCUGUUUUUCUAAAGCAUAGUUCAAUGUUUAUGGAGUCUCUCAAUUACAAAGUUAACUUUUAAGUCAAUUUAAAUUUAAAUAGAGAUUUAGACUGUAUCAUUCAUUUUAUUUUAUGUUAAGAAAGUUGUUUAUAGGCCUGCAAUUUAUAACUGCUGAUAAACAUAACAGUGAUAGAUAGAUAGAUAAAUAGAUCUAGGUUAGUGUAAAAAAAUCUGAUUUUUAUUGACAAGUUUGCUUGAAUUAAGAAAAUAUUAAGUCAUUGAAAUACUAAAGGAUUGUAAUCUUGAAAAAAAACUAUAGAAAAUAUAUCAUACAAACACCCAUGUACUCACAUAUAUACACAUUUGCGAACAUCAAAUUGAAGAUUAAAACUGUCUUAUAAAUUAUGAAAAGUUUUUAACAAGUUCAUGUGUUAUCUGGCAAAAGUGAAUUUUGAGAGAAAUAAUUUAUAUGUAUUUUAAAGGCCACUUGUCUGAGGGCAGAAGACAAAACAUGUGAAAACAUUUUUUUCGUGUAUUGAGCACUUUACUAUUCAAUGAAUAGUUUACGAAAAUAGGCUCAGUUAUUAAAGGAAUGGCAUUCCUAUAAUCUAAGGAACACCUAUUACAUGAAGAUUGCAGGACUAAAUUCUGAUGAUAAACAUAGUAAUUGUUCGAAUAUUUGUUCCAACAAAUGGGUUUUAAGAAAUGGCUUACAUGGUACUGGUACCAAAACAGAGAUAUAGACCAAUGGAAAAGAACAGAGCCCUCAGAAAUAAUGCCACGUAUCUACAACUAUCUGAUCUUUGACAAACCUGACAAAAACAAGCAAUGGGGAAAGGAUUCCCUAUUUAAUAAAUGGUGCUGGGAAAACUGGCUAGCCAUAUGUAGAAAGCUGAAACUGGAUCCCUUCUUUACAACUUAUACAAAAAUUAAUUCAAGAUGAAUUAAAGACUUAAAUGUUAGACCUAAAAUCAUAAAAACCCUAGAAGAAAACCUAGGCAAUACCAUUCAGGACAUAGGCAUGGGCAAGGACUUCAUGUCUAAAACACCAAAAACAAUGGCAACAAAAGCCAAAAUUGACAAAUGGGAUCUAAUUAAACUAAAGAGCUUCUACAUAGCAAAAGAAACUACCAUCAGAGUGAACAGGCAACCUACAGAAUGGGAGAAAAUUUUUGCAACCUACUCAUCUGACAAAGGGCUAAUAUCCAGAAUCUACAAUGAACUC